UGGUUGCAGUCAGGUGACGGGCCCGCCUGAGAUUUGUCGACUUCCUCGGGCGGGCAGCGAGUAGGCCCGGGGAGCGGGGCUAGCGGCACCGGGAGAGGCAGUGACCAUCCCUGAGGCUGUGCUGACCGCAGCUGGCCUCAGUGCCUUCAGUUUCGGUGACCCAGGGUGACCAGGGGCCAGAAUGUCACAGCAACGAACAUUGCCUCAGAGUAAAGAGCUGCUGCUCCAGUCCUACAACAAGAGACUGAAAGAUGACAUCAAAUCUAUCCUGGAUAACUUCACAGAAAUCAUCAAAAGUGCUCGGGUUGAAGAUGAGACGCAGGUAUCCCGUGCAACUCAGUGUGAACAAGAUCACUAUGAGAUGCAUGUUAGAGCAGCAAACAUUGUGCGAGCUGGUGAGUCUCUGAUGAAGCUGGUGUCAGACCUGAAGCAGUUCCUGAUCCUGAAUGACUUUCCCUCAGUGAAUGAAGCCAUUAAUCAGCGAAAGCAGCAACUGCGAAACCUGCAAGAAGAAUGUGACAAAAAGCUGAUCACCCUGAGAGAUGAGAUCGCGGUCGAUCUGUAUGAACUGGAAGAAGAAUAUUACUCCUCCAGGUACAAAUAGCCCGGAAAUGCCCCCAGCACAGCCUCCAGAAUGUUCUGAGCAUCCACAACAGGGCUCCUUAGAACACUGACAUACCUCACAGUGCGACUCAGGCUUACUUAGUCGCACUGUAAUAAUCCCCAAAUCCCUCACUGUAAUACUCCCCAGAUCCCACACUGUCAUAAUCUCCAAAUCCCACGCUAAUUCCUUCACUGACACUGAGUGCACCUACACCACAUGGACUGCAGAGAUUCAAGAAGAGAGCUCACCCCCACCUUCUUGAGGGGCAACUAGGAUAAAUGCUGGCCCAGCCAGUGAAGCCCACAUCCCAUGAAUGUAUAAAAAAAAACUCUGCAAAUCCCACACUGUAAUACUCCCCAAACCCUACACUGUAAUACUCCCCAAACCCCACACUGUAAUACUCCCCAAACCCCACACUGUAAUACUCCCCAAACCCCACACUGUAAUACUCCCCAAACCCCACACUGUAAUACUCCCCAAACCCCACACUGUAAUACUCCCCAAACCCCACACUGUAAUACUCCCCAAACCCCACACUGUAAUACUCCCCAAACCCCACACUGUAAUACUCCCCAAACCCCACACUGUAAUACUCCCCAAACCCCACACUGUAAUACUCCCUAACCCCACACUGUAAUACCCCCCUAACCCCACACUGUAAUACCCCCCUAACCCCACACUGUAAUACCCCCCUAACCCCACACUGUAAUACCCCCUAACCCCACACUGUCAUACCCCCCUAACCCCACACUGUCAUACCCCCCUAACCCCACACUGUCAUACCCCCCUAACCCCACACUGUCAUACCCCCCUAACCCCACACUGUCAUACCCCCCUAACCCCACACUGUCAUACCCCCCUAACCCCACACUGUCAUACCCCCCUAACCCCACACUGUCAUACCCCCCUAACCCCACACUGUCAUACCCCCCUAACCCCACACUGUCAUACCCCCCUAACCCCACACUGUCAUACCCCCCUAACCCCACACUGUCAUACCCCCCUAACCCCACACUGUCAUACCCCCCUAACCCCACACUGUCAUACCCCCCUAACCCCACACUGUCAUACCCCCCUAACCCCACACUGUCAUACCCCCCUAACCCCACACUGUCAUACCCCCCUAACCCCACACUGUCAUACCCCCCUAACCCCACACUGUCAUACCCCCCUAACCCCACACUGUCAUACCCCCCUAACCCCACACUGUCAUACCCCCCUAACCCCACACUGUCAUACCCCCCUAACCCCACACUGUCAUACCCCCCUAACCCCACACUGUCAUACCCCCCUAACCCCACACUGUCAUACCCCCCUAACCCCACACUGUCAUACCCCCCUAACCCCACACUGUCAUACCCCCCUAACCCCACACUGUCAUACCCCCCUAACCCCACACUGUCAUACCCCCCUAACCCCACACUGUCAUACCCCCCUAACCCCACACUGUCAUACCCCCCUAACCCCACACUGUCAUACCCCCCUAACCCCACACUGUCAUACCCCCCUAACCCCACACUGUCAUACCCCCCUAACCCCACACUGUCAUACCCCCCUAACCCCACACUGUCAUACCCCCCUAACCCCACACUGUCAUACCCCCCUAACCCCACACUGUCAUACCCCCCUAACCCCACACUGUCAUACCCCCCUAACCCCACACUGUCAUACCCCCCUAACCCCACACUGUCAUACCCCCCUAACCCCACACUGUCAUACCCCCCUAACCCCACACUGUCAUACCCCCCUAACCCCACACUGUCAUACCCCCCUAACCCCACACUGUCAUACCCCCCUAACCCCACACUGUCAUACCCCCCUAACCCCACACUGUCAUACCCCCCUAACCCCACACUGUCAUACCCCCCUAACCCCACACUGUCAUACCCCCCUAACCCCACACUGUCAUACCCCCCUAACCCCACACUGUCAUACCCCCCUAACCCCACACUGUCAUACCCCCCUAACCCCACACUGUCAUACCCCCCUAACCCCACACUGUCAUACCCCCCUAACCCCACACUGUCAUACCCCCCUAACCCCACACUGUCAUACCCCCCUAACCCCACACUGUCAUACCCCCCUAACCCCACACUGUCAUACCCCCCUAACCCCACACUGUCAUACCCCCCUAACCCCACACUGUCAUACCCCCCUAACCCCACACUGUCAUACCCCCCUAACCCCACACUGUCAUACCCCCCUAACCCCACACUGUCAUACCCCCCUAACCCCACACUGUCAUACCCCCCUAACCCCACACUAAUUCCUUCACUGAAACUGGGUGCACCUACACCACAUGGACUGCAGUGGUUCAAGAAGGCAGCUCACCCCCACCUUAUCGAGGGGCAACUAGGAUAAAUGCUGGCGCAGCCAGUGAAGCCCACAUCCCAUGAAUGUAUAAAAAAAACUCUGCAAAUCCCACACUGUAAUACUCCCCAAACCCUACACUGUAAUACUCCCCAAACCCUACACUGUAAUACUCCCCAAACCCUACACUGUAAUACUCCCCAAACCCUACACUGUAAUACUCCCCUAACCCCACACUGUAAUACUCCCCAAAUUCCACACUAAUUUAUACUCCCCAAAUGCCGUACUGUAAUACUCUCCUGCCUGCUCACACUGUAACACUCCCUUAAUCUCUCACUGUGAUACUCCGACUUGUUUACACUGUAACACCUGUACAUGUUUCAUGGUAAAUAUGGAUUUCUUUGAGAACAAGAGGGAUAUAUUUAUACUUAAGCUCUGCUGAUGUUAUUCCCAAUGCUCCUCACUGACAACCCUCGGAAGUGCAAGUCUUUUUCUAUUUACUGUGAUGUGGUUUCUAGUUGAGGCUGUUUGGAAACACUCUUUAUAGCACAUCAUCUUCAACUGGGAAAGGCCCUGAUCUAAUGCAAGCGAGCAUUGUGUACGGUGUUGUAAGUGUAGGUAGGAGAUGGGGGUUGCUCCAUUUAUGUAGUCUUCUCUGCAUCAACCCAACAACUUCCUGAUGUGCGGCUGUAAGUCAUUUUGUGCACCCUAAGGAUUCUUCCUGUCCGUGUGUCUGUUGAAGUUCAAUGUGCUGAUUCCUCACAGUGAAACCCCAGCAUGCAGACACGUCGCACACAAGCUGCUUUUAAAAAAAAACAAGCCCACACAAGGAUGCUGAUCAGGUAAUCUUUAAAUGUUCUCCGGCCUGUCUUGCUAAAGCAUUCCUAAGUGCAAUUCUGAAGAAGCCUCCAUGUUGCUGCAACUGUUGUUGGAGAUUGCCCUUAACUGCCACCUUGUGCGUGUCGAGGACCUUGAAGUCGCUUCUUCAGUGUCGAACUGAACGGGACUGUCACUUUAGGAUGACAGUUUCUGUUGGGGGCGGGGGGGGGACUUCCUGCCCCGGUUUUACCGCAAUGAGAAUCUGAGAAGUUUUUCAACACAAACUGGAAUUUCAUUUCAAAGAUCAUUCUCAGAUUUAGUAAGAGAUUCUUUAUAUCUUUUAUAAUUUUAUAUAUCUAUCUAUAAUAUGAUAAUCAUGCAGUUUAUGAAAGCACGAACAUCCUGUUUAUCAGUCUUUAAAUGUCUUAAUAUGUCUAAUCUUCUGUGUUAAUGUUGAUAGGGAAAUAUUUUUUGCACUUGUCUGUUUGCAGUAGCAUGACAUUGUGUCCUUCAAGAGACAGGCCGGUUACACAGUGUGUUUCCCUUUGCACCAGAAUAAUACGUUAAAUGGUGUAUUAUAACCAGAGUCAUGGUGACAUUGGUAUUUAGACAAUAAUCACUUGAAUAACAAAUUAACUUUUUAUGCAAUACACAUUAUACUUUGAUGCUGUGAAGCUUCUUUCUAAAGCUGCAGGGCAGACAAAGUCCCAGUUUUAUAAUUUGCAGGACUGUGCAGUUCAGCACCCCAUCACUCCAAUCCAGGGUGCCCCAUAAUUUGUAAUGAUCUAACUCAUCCUAAAUAUCCCAUAUUAUCACAGGGAUUGUGAAUUGCUUGCACACACCAUAAUAUCAGUGCUGUAAAUUGUCUGUAUAUCCAAUGGAGUAACUGUUGCAAGUUGCAUGCACAUCACAUCAUUUUCUAGCAUUGCACUACAUAUACAUCCCAUAAUAUCAUAGGGGUCACUUAACUGUACAUCCCAUAAUAUCAUUCUGAAUUAGCUGUACACCCCAGAAUACUCCACGUGUAUCAUAUCAUAUCCUCAGUGCUUUAUUUCAAGUACAUCCUAUAAUAUGAAUGUUAUCCAUUCACUGUACAUCCCAUAAUAUUCCAGAUGCACCCCAAAAUAAUACUCUGUACAGCCCAUGAUGCGAUUGAAACCCCCAGUUGCUCAGUGAGUAACUUUGCUGUUCAGUAGCUGGAAGUAGGUGAAGGGUCACUGUGGGCCUGGAAACUGGGGCUCUGGUCUGGAGACUACCUCUGUCCCUGAAGCCUCUGUCCUGGGCUUUGGAAUACUACUAGGCUCAGGGUAAAUUCCCAACCACCGGAUUAUGGGGAGUGCAGGUCCCCUCUACAUCCUGUAUGAGUCUACUGACCUCAGUCAGGGCAGCAGCAGAGGCUACAAUUGGCCUCAGUGUCCCUGGGCUAGCCAGGGGGAAGGGGAAAUUGACUACAAUUUCCGCUCCUGAUCACCGUCAAGUGACAGUGACUCCUACCAGAAAGUGUGUGUGUGUGUACAUACCCGUAAUUGGGCAAGAACAGGGUUGAGUUUGGCUGUGAUACCACAUGCAGUUGAAUAGCUUAACACAAGCUCACACAACAAAUGGCCAGCUGUGGGGAGGAAUUGGGUGGGAAUUUAGAAGACCCACUGAUUCCCUUGGAUGUAUAAUCCAGUGACAGCAAGCAGCUUCUAGAGGAGCUAGCCAGGGCAAGCAGAAUCUGAGGUGUGAGAACAGGACCAGGUGGAAUCCCACCUUGCCCACCCUCCCCUACCACCCAAAGGCACUUUUUAAUAUGUGUGACCUCCCCUUUCACAUGCAGCCAAUCCUAUUUCUGUGAAACACAUGCUUUAAAGUGUUGAUUGUCAAACUUCUACCCAGGACUAUAAUGAUUUAGAAUGCGAACUGAAAGCAUGAUCUGUUUUAAUUUGUCGAAUCUUCCAAUAGUGUGUGUUGCAUUUAAUAAUUGUCAUUAUGUGCCUUGUUCACUGUUCCCAACAUUUUCAAUAAGAAAUUUGUUUUUAUCUCUGUACUUGUGUUUAUUUUGUUUUUAAGAUUUAUAUAUAAUUUUAAAAUUGCAUCCUUCAUUCUAUUAAACAUUCCAGCAUCUCACUUUAAAGAGUCAGCAUUUUAAAUACUUCCUAAAUAAAGUUAAAAUCAAUACAGAUUACCAA